UGGAAAAACUCUCCUGGGAUGAUGAGGACAAUUGCUUCAUGGGGCCCCAGCAGGAGCAGCUACUCAAGAAAUUCAACUGGUACUGCGGGGUGAACAACUCUGCAAACUUUGACAACUUCACUUGGGAUCUAAACCACACCCUCUACAAUACCUGCUUCACCGAUCUCGUCUACACCGUGCCACAUCUUCUCUUCAUCCUCCUCUCCGUCUUGGUGCUGUUCAUCCUCGGAUACUGCACAAGAAUUUGCAAGGAGAAAUACCGGUACCUCAUCCAGUACCCAGGACACAACCUCCGAUGGAUCCUCAACUUCAUCUUUAUCUUGCUUCUUCUCUGCCAGAUCGGAGAGAGCAUCUUGACGAAUGUUGGCCUCCUCAACGGUACCGACUCCAUGACACCCCACCUCUACAUUCCCUCUGUGUUUGUUUUGGUUGCAGCUAUUCUCAGUAUGGUCUACUACACCCAGAUGGAGGUCUGGCGGCAUACACAGAUGUCUUGGCUUCUGCUGGCCUACUGGUUAGGAGCUCUAGCCAGUGAAGGUACUCGCUUUCUUCAACUGAGCCACGAGUUUGAUAGAGUUGACUACUCGAUUUUGAGAGUUGACCUCAACUUGGUGGCAAUUGGGCUCUACUCACUAUUUCUAAUCCUUGAAUUGAACGUCAUCAGAACAAAGAUCUUCUGGAGUUCCACAAAGGAGGACGUCUUCCCUGAGGAUUUGAUGAAGGAAGACAUGCGUUACAUGCAGGGCUACUCAAGUCUCUUCUCCUCUGCAUUCUUCUUGUGGAUGAACUGGAUCUUCAAGAAAGGAUACAAGAGCACUCUGGAGAUGGCUGAUCUGGGGAGUCUGUCUGAGGUCCACACCACCAAAUACCAGAGGGAGAAUUUCUUGAAGGCUCUCAAAAAGGAAGAGGCUCGAGCAAAGAUGAACAAAAAACCGUUGAGCUUGUACCGAGCGUAUGCUCGGGCAUUUGGUGCUGACAUCCUUCUCUCUAGUUUGUUCAAAUUGGUUGCGGUUAUGUCAUCAUUCAUCCCUCCACUAGCUCUUGCUGGUGCCAUCAAGUUUGUCUCAGUAGCCUACUAUGGCGAAGGAACUAUGGACUAUCAACAGACUAAGUACAUCACGGUGUCAGACUUCCUGAAGAAUGGCUUUGUGUUGAUUGUGGUCAUGUUUUGCGCCAAUGUUGUCACCCAGGUGUUACAGCAAGCUCUCGGUCACACCAACUGUACGACGGCAGCUCAUAUGAGAAUUGCCCUUCAGGCGGCUGUUUAUGACAAGUCACUGCGUCUGUCAAGCUACACCAUGACUGGUGGCGCCAUGACGAUGGGUCAAAUCACCAAUCAUAUGUCGGUAGAUACUUCCCAAGUGGUGGACUCAUCAGUACAUUGCUUCCACCAUUUAUGGUCAAUACCUUUUGAGGUUUUUGGUUUUCUGACUGUUAUGUACACACAGCUUGGAGUAGCAGCCCUGAUUGGUUCAUGUGUCUUCCUCAUCUUUAUACCUCUCCAAAUUGUACUCAUUAGGCAGGCGGCCAAAAACAGGAAGAAAUUCAUGGAACAAUCUGACGAACGUCUGAAGAAGACGAACGAACUUCUACAAGGCAUCAAGUUGAUCAAGCUGUACGGAUGGGAAGAUAUCUUCUACAAAGCCAUCAGCAAAGUACGAGCUCUGGAGAUUCUGACCAUGAUGAAACAAAGAGGAUGGCAUGUGAUUCUUUCAUUGUGUUCGUCUGCCAGCCCACUGCUAGUUGCCUUAGUGUCUUUCAGUAUGUACACCAAGCUGACUGGGAAUCCCCUAACUCCUGACAUCGCCUUCACUACUUUGGCCGUCUUCGGUCAGCUUUCCCAUCCAUUUAUAAUGAUUCCACAUAUCGUUAAUUGCCACAUCAAUGGAUUCAUCAGCACAGGUCGCUUGAGGACAUUUUUUGAAGCGCCUGAAAUUGAGCGGUCCAACGACAGCAACCACAACCGUCUCGUCGACGCCGAGGUGAGGUUGAAUGGAAGUGUAAACUAUGAGGUUGGCGUGCGACAGCGAAGGAAAAUAGGCAAAGAGGACAAGAAUAAGUUAAUGUCUGGCAAUAACAAUAAUUGCAAUAACAUACCUGCUGGGGAACCAUGUGUUAUAUCGCCCUCAUCGUUGUCGUUACCAGAUGAUAUCGCAUUGAGAGUAAGAGGAAAUUUCAUCUGGGACGAUACAGCCAACACACCCACCCUGAGGGACAUCGAUCUGGACAUCCCGGCAGGAAAGCUGACUAUGAUUGUUGGUCAGGUCGGGUGUGGAAAGUCCUCCUUGCUGUCGGCCAUUCUGGGCGAAAUGACAACUACGUCGGGCGGGGUACACUGGAACCCGAAAUACCACUCUGUUUCCUUCGGAGCCCAGAAAGCCUGGUUACUGAAUGCUUCAUUCAGGGAUAAUAUUAUUUUCAACAAUGCAUACGACCAGGCAAGGUACAAGACGGUGAUAGCUUCUUGCUCCUUGCAGCCUGACAUAGACAUUCUCCCAGGAGGUGACCAGACUGAGAUUGGAGAGAAAGGAAUCAACUUGAGCGGUGGACAGAAACAACGAGUCAGCGUCGGUAGAGCCAUGUAUAGCUACAAUGAUGUGGUCAUCCUGGAUGAUCCCCUCUCAGCCCUUGACAUGCACGUUGGAGCUCACCUCUUCAAGGAAGGCAUCGAGGGAUUCUUGAUGAGAAAAAGCAAACGUACCGUCAUCCUGGUCACUCAUCAGACGCAGUACGCAGAGAAAGCAGACAAGAUUGUGUACAUGAAAGACGGCCACAUCCUCCACCAGGGAACCCUCCAAGAAAUCCGGGAUGAGAAUCCAGAGCUCGUCGCUGACUGGAGAGCCACAGAUAAUGAGAGAAACGAGUGCGAGUCAGAGGGGACCGACGUAGAGGAUGUGACAAAAGAACCAGCCAAAAUGAUGCAUCAGAUCUCUGGCAAGAUGGAGGAAAAAAAGCUGAAAGGUAAAGUUAUCGGCCAACUCAUUGAGGAAGAGGAGAGAGCUGAGGGGUCCGUCUCCUUGGGGGUCUACCUCACCUACUUUAAAGCUUUAGGCUUCUGGAUAUGCUUGCUUCAGGUCUGUCUUCAAUUCAGCAAGAAUUUGCUUGACGUGCGCAAAAAUUACUGGCUGUCGGACUGGUCCGAAGCGGGAAAUAAUCUGACAACAGCAAAUGCAACACAGGAGGAGUUGCUUGCUUCAUUGAAUCAUUACUUGGGAGGAUAUGCCGGUUUUUCUGUCUCUAGUAUGAUAGUAGAUACUGCUUCAUCAGCACUCAUCACCAUAGCCUCCCUUGUGGCUGCCAGAACACUCCACGACACUAUGCUGAAAAAAAUCUUGAAUGCACCAUUGAGGUUCUUUGAAACUACUCCAGUUGGGCGAAUCCUCAAUCGCUUCUCAUCGGAUACUUCAACUAUUGAUAAUAGCAUUGCUGGACAUAUGAAUGGUUUGUUACAUUGCUGUAUAAACUGUUUGUUUGGGGUGUUGGUGAAUGCUAUGGUGUCCUGGUAUUUCAUCAUCGUGCUGAUUCCCAUGGCUCUGCUUUACUUCCUGCUCUUGAAAAUCUUCAUUCCCACAUUCAGAGAUAUUCAACGCUUAGACAGCAUCAGCAAGUCUCCAGUCUACGCUCAUUUCUCAGAAUCACUUGGAGGGUUGUCAACCAUCAGGGCAUAUCAGCAACAAAACCAUUUCCAAGACAGCAUUAUUGAGAAGAUUGAUUGUAACAAUCUGACGCAUGUUUAUUUUGAUACAUGCUACAUGUGGCUGCAUUCAAGACUGAAUUUGGUUAGUUCCAUCAUCGUGCUUCUCGCUGGAAUGUCUGCCAUGAUCACUGCUUUGACCACCGGUACCCUGGCUCCAAGUCUGGUUGGCUUGGCCAUAACCUACGCCCUAAGCUUGUCAUCAGAGUUGAGUUGGAUGGUUCAAGUCUCUGCUUAUGUAGAAGGAAACAUGAAUGCUGUGGAAAGAGUACACCAUUAUACUUCCAUAGAAGUGGAGAAUUCUGAUGGUAUCGUUGAUCCGGGUCCUACUUGGCCAGAUAAGGGUGAGAUCGUAUACAGCGGUGUCUCGGCACGCUACGCCUCGGACCUGGAACCUGUGCUCCGUGAUAUCGAUAUUCGGUUCCAACCCGGGGAAAAGAUUGGUAUUUGUGGUCGGACUGGCAGCGGUAAAUCCUCCCUUACUUUGACUCUCUUCAGGAUCAUUCAGACAUUCAAAGGAAAGAUAACGGUGGACGGCGUAAGCAUUGCAGAUCUUCCCCUGGCAGAAGUCAGACGUCGCUUUACAAUCAUCCCCCAGGACCCUGUACUCUUCACUGGUACAAUCAGGUUUAAUCUGGAUGCGAGGGGUGAGCACGACAACGAUGCGUUAUGGGACGCUCUUGAGGUUGCUCAGCUGAAAAGCGUUGUGUCUGAUCUGGAUCUCAAACUGGAUGCCAUGGUGACUGAAGGAGGAGAGAAUUUCAGCGUUGGUCAGAGGCAGCUCUUCUGCUUGGCUCGUGCCUUCUUGAAGAAGACUCGCAUCCUUGUCAUGGACGAGGCCACUGCAUCCAUAGACUUGGAAACGGAUGGUAUUCUUCAAGAUGUUGUAGCUAAUGCCUUCAAAGAAAGGACGGUCCUUACUAUCGCGCAUCGUGUGCAGACUAUCCUGGACUCUGAUCACAUCCUGGUGCUGAAUGAGGGUCGGAUAGCGGAGUACGACACCCCACAGAACCUUCUAGCUCAAGAGGACAGCAUCUUUGCCUCCCUGGUCAAGGCUGGUAGUUGA